UCAGGAUUCGAACACCGAAAUUAAUAUUUUAUUCCUACAGCACUUCUGUGUCUGUGUCUUGGAACUUAGAAAAGACCAAUGAAAGAAAGGCAUCAAUUUUUGGCAUCGGUUUCUGUAAGCAACUACUAAAUUAAAUAAAAAUAGUUCCUUUUUUUCCACUUCCCUUCUUCCCUUGUCUUCUCCCCACCUCACCCUCCAUCACAAAUUCAAAAACUUGCAUUCCAUACUCUUUAUUUUUUCUUUUUCUUUUUCUUUUUCUCUUUUGAGUGAAUCACAAACACCCGAAGAUUAGGCCCAGAGUAAUUUCGGUUGAAAGAAGGAAAAGAAAGAAAUGGAAUCGAGUAGCAUUGAUAGCAGUAUAUUGUCCUUGACUAUGAUGGAGGAAGAUGAGCAUACCCAUCAUCAGUUUUCUUCGAUCUCGAAGCUGCACAACAAUGGCCCCACCACAACCAGUGUCCAUGACCUUCUUGAGUGCCCUGUUUGCACAAAUUCAAUGUACCCUCCAAUCCACCAGUGUCACAAUGGGCAUACCCUUUGUUCAACUUGCAAGACAAGGGUACACAACCGGUGCCCGACUUGCAGACAGGAACUCGGAGACAUAAGGUGUCUGGCAUUGGAGAAGAUAGCAGAAUCACUUGAACUUCCUUGCAGAUACAUCUCUCUUGGUUGUCCAGAGAUAUUUCCAUAUUACAGCAAACUAAAACAUGAGGCUAUUUGUAACUUCAGACCAUACAACUGCCCUUAUGCCGGCUCAGACUGCUCUAUCGUCGGAGAUAUCCCGUACCUUGUCGCUCAUUUAAGAGAUGAUCACAGGGUUGAUAUGCAUUCUGGCUGCACGUUCAACCAUCGCUAUGUCAAGUCUAAUCCCAUGGAAGUAGAAAAUGCUACUUGGAUGCUAACAGUGUUCCACUGUUUCGGCCAGUAUUUCUGUCUCCAUUUUGAAGCAUUCCAGCUCGGUAUGGCUCCAGUUUACAUGGCAUUCCUCCGGUUCAUGGGAGACGAAAGAGAGGCCCGUAACUACAGCUACAGCCUGGAGGUAGGAGGAAACGGACGCAAGCUAACCUUCGAGGGGAGUCCAAGAAGCAUCAGAGAUAGCCACAAGAAAGUCCGAGACAGCCACGAUGGCCUCAUUAUAUACCGUCACAUGGCGCUCUUCUUUUCGGGCGGGGACAGGAAAGAGUUGAAGCUGAGAGUGACAGGAAGAAUAUGGAAAGAGCAGCAGAACCCUGAUGGUGGAGUGUGCAUUCCCAAUCUGUGUACCUAAGGUUCAUUGUAUUCUAUUGUAUUGUAUCUCUCUAACCUU